CUAGAACUAACACACACGUGGUGUAAUACCAUUAUAUAUUUCCUGCUAUUUAAACAUUCAUUCUAACUCUCUCAUCAGAAAAGGCGCGAGUAUCUACCGAGUGUCAACUGUUAGUACCUAUCGAACAACAUCAGAUGCGAUGGUGAUGGCGAAUGGUAGAGCUGUGUGUGUCUUACUAGUUUUAUUUUGUGAAUCCAUCAUCAGUUUCCCGACAGAAAAUAAGGCACCAGGAUGUCAUUCACCUCUAGGACUAUCUGUAAACGUUGAACCACUUGUUGAUAUUGAGCUAUCUGCUCCGGAUGGGGAAGCUACAGCCGCCCGCCUACACGGUGAUUCAGCCUGGAGGGUGGAAAACAUAACUGAUAACACAUAUCUUCAGGUAACUCUAGAGAAACCAAUGUUAAUAGCUGGUGUCCAGUCUCAGGGUGAUCCAAAUUUAGACGAUUGGAUAAUUUCCUUUAAAUUUGACUUCAGUUUUGACUGUGAGACUUUCACCUCGAAUGACAGGACGUACUGGGGUAAUCUGGAUCAUGAAACAACAUUAACUCAUUUCUUCCACAAUAUGACUGUAGCAAGAUGUUUAAGAAUACGACCUGUGGCUUUUCAAGGUUCCGCUGCUGCUCUUAGACUAGAAGUUAUAGGUUGUGAUAUAGACAGAUGCCGGAAAGAGUUGAGUAUUUAUGAGAAAGAGUCUCUGGCUGAUGGUGAUCAACUGUUAAAGUUCUUCUCCGAGAAAGUGUUGACUUCUUUACAAAUCUCCUACAUUGGUAAUGGUACCAUUAGCGCUGAUAACAAACUCAUGGUGUUCUACAGCAGAUCGUGUGCUAACUUUGAAAAACUUACAGGAGCUUCUGUAAACCCUGUGAUUAAAGACCCCGGUGACAAUAGUCAUGAACAGGUUAUUGAGAUAGAAUUUCCUGGACCUGUUCGAGCACAGUGUGUACAGAUACUACCAGGUGGAGAAUUUCAGCCAGUUAAUGUGAAAGCUAUUGGCUGUGAUACGAGCUCGACUGAAAUAAGUACUACCAAUGCUAAUACGUGUGGUAAAAGUCGUAACACAUCCGGUUUAAGACGUAAGCGAGUUGUUGGUGGGGCUCCCGUUAUACAUGGUGAUUGGCCCUGGGUUUUGUCAUUCCAUUUCCUUCGACAACAUAACUACACCGAUAGAUCAGGACUACGACAUCUCUGCGGCGGUAGUCUCAUUCAUCCACAAUGGGCAAUAUCAGCAGCUCACUGUUUCAGUAAUGAUGUGUACGAAGGAUUGGAUGUUACUGAUAAUUGGCGAGUAGCUUUAGGUGAAAAUGACCAGACAACCAAUGAUGGUACAGAACAGAUCCUGGAAAUUGAAAAAAUCAUAAAACACGAACGGGCACAAUUUAAAGAAUUCCCGCUUCUGUAUGAUAUAGCACUGAUCAAACUUAAACAACCUGCUGCCUUGUCAGACUAUGUUAAUGUCGUAUGCUUAGACACAAAAGGGGACUUUCCAGAAGGCUCACGUUGUACGGUGGCCGGUUGGGGUCAGGAUACAAUGGAAACGCCAGGAACUAAACUUCCGUUCAAAGCUAUUUUACCCAUCGUGAACUCGACACAAUGUCGCGAGCAGUAUGAUUCACUGCCUGGAUUGGAUGUACGAAUUGAUGACUCGGUGUUCUGUGCGGCCUCUGAAACAGGUGGUCGAGAUGCCUGUUGGGGUGAUUCUGGGGGACCAUUUUUCUGUGAAAAGGAUGACAGAUGGUACCAGGUUGGAAUUGUUUCUAUUGGUUACCUGUGUGGGAAUAAUGCAUUCCCAGGAAUCUAUACCAGAAUAUCACAUUAUAAAGACUGGAUUGAGGACAAAAUGGCCAAUAAUUAAUACAAGUGUUCUAGGACUUUCAUCAUCGGUUAAUAAUUAAUAUUUGAAGGUGAUUAAUGUCUAUAAAGACAUUAAAUAUCAAGAACUGCCUCCAUAUCACGGAACACUCCUAUUUAAUCAUUCAUUAUAGGCUAAUUUAUGAACUUCAUUUCAGAAGAGUGUAUUUAUUAUUUAAAACAUAAGAUAUCAGGAAAUAGUUGCAAGCAUUAUGUUUCAAAUCAUUAUUACAUUUAAAGGAUCCAUGUUAUAAUCUAAUCAAGAAAUAGUUGCAAACAUUAUGUUUCAAAUUAUUGAAGGGUCCAUGUUACAAUCUUACCAGGAAAUGGUUCCAUACAUUAUGUUUCAAAUUAAUGAAGGAGACAUAUUACAAUCUUAGCAGGAAAUGAUUCCACACAUUAUGUUUCGAAUGAUUAUAUUCAUAUUUGAAGAAUUCAUGUACAAUUUAAUUCCUUCGCCAGUACCCAGAUAAUAAAUUAUAUGGGCUGUAAGUAGUCUAACUUUGGAUUAGAUGAAAAAUUAACCUUAAAUAAUACAGAUGACAAAAUAAUUAUACAGAUAAAUUUUGGAAAGAAAACCCGAAUCUGUCUACUACUCAUUACCUGUAUUGCAAGUGUAGAGUGCAAGGGUUUGGGUUAGAAUUACAUAAAUGAGUCGUUAAUUGUGUGCGGUAGGAAAACUGACUAACAAACAAAACACAGAACAAACACAUCAAUCGAUACAGAUAAUUUCUACAAGAUUAGUGAAUCCCCAAAGUGCCAACACUGAAUCUAAAUAUCAAUCUGAAUACGAAACAAUGAUCAGCAUGCGUACCAUUAAUAAACUGAAUACGAAAUAAUGGUGAAAAUAACAUUAAUAAACUGAAUACGAAAUAAUGGAUAUCGUGCAUUUAACAUAAACAAGUAAACUGAAUACGAAACAAUAGUUAAGAUACAUUGAUGAAAUAACAGACAAUGCAGGAGAACUGCACAACUAGACAUAGGCAUAACAAAUGAUGCCUGAAUUCGGCCCACUUAGAAACAUAGCCCCAGAGAAGAUAUACAAUCUGAGCAGAAAACUGAAAAAUAUUUAACGAAAACACCCGGCGGUCUCAGCAGAACAUGCAACUUUAAGAGGCUUAUCAUCUCUAAAUUUAAUUUUCAUGGAACCUCAUAAUGUCACCUCGAAUUCGGGACAUGAUUCUUAAAGUCUUUAACAUGUAGUAAGAGAAAUGUAGAUAGCCUACUACCACGUUAACAUUAAACCGAUAUCCAUACUAAAGUCGAAGAAUGUAUUAUACAUGGUAAUACAACACUGCACUAGUUUCAGUACAUAUGUUCUCAGAACUUUGGAAUUUUAAUUUGGAUGAAGUUUUAAUGUUCACAGACAUAAUCAUUUUCUAAGUUGAUUACUUUGUAAGAUAAUUACACUGGGGGUUUACUACCUUUUACCUAAUGGUGCAUUAAAGUACCAAUCUUUUUAAAAAUAAACUGUAUUUUCUAUACGAUGCUCGAGCUUAGAGAUAAACCCGGAUUGGAACUACACAUAGGACAACUUUGGGGUUGAAUUAACCCUUAUUAACAUUCGGAUAUAGAGCCCUAAAUGUUACAAAAACAUCGUUUGUUGUAAGUUCUUAUUUUCUUUAGAUAUUGUCAGAGUUAGGAUAACUGCUAUUUCAUUCUUUUAAGCACAAACUGAUUUUCAUUUUUAAAAUGUGUUUAUAUUAUUAGUCCACCCGGUAAUGUCGGGUGAGCUAAUCACGCGAAGGGAACUGAAAGAUAAACUUAAUAGGUUUGACACAUACAUUGAGUUGCUACUUACACAAACGGCCGAUUAACGUGGUCGAAGGAUGCCAACACACACACCUGUUUAUUGUGGAACAAAUCGAGCCGAACCCGAUGUUUCAUCGCCAAUUUUAUCGGGUGCAAUCAAUUUUUGCGUAACUAUAUGUGAUGUACAAGCCGAAGUACGUUAUUCAAUCGAUGAUGAUUUGUAGGGGACUCCUUAUCGAGCCCAAUGACCCGACGGAUUGUUUCAAACCAGCAGUGUGAACUGGCCUUUAACAUUAUUUCAACGCGCACUCAUUUAUUUAAACAAACAGUAAUAAUUAUGUUAUGUCUUCUUGUCAUUAGUUGAAUUAUGUUAGUCAUUUUUCAUUACAUCAACAUUCACAAUUUAAUUAGUAAAGAAUCUGUAGUAAUUAACAUGUUUAUAUUUUAACUGAUGUACAUAAUAAUGAUGUUAAAUUUAAUGUUCAUUGUGUGCUACAGGACAUGAACAAUGUUACAGCAAGAUGUAUAUUAUUCAGAAUUAAAUA